UGCGUUUUACGUUGAGUUUGGCGCGCGGACUACACAAAACACGACAGAACUGUUGACGGCUUCAACCCUGCUUUAUACUGUCAAUAACAUUUAACGUUUGUUUUAGAAAAUUACAUACGAGUUGUCAACAUGUUUAAUCAGGGAGGGUACAAUGAGUCUGUAAUGGUCGGAGGUUACACCCAGUCUCCUGGAGGAUUUGCAUCGCCUGCCUUAUCCCAGGGAGGAGAGAAGAAAGGGAGAACCCGUGUUUCACAAAUAAUCCCAUGCACAGUCUCUCAGCUGAUGUCUGCCUUGCAAGUUGAUGAGUCAUUCAGAGUGGGAGAUGUGGAGGUUACCCAGGUCACCAUUGUGGGUAUCAUCAGAAGCACAGAUAAAUCCAUGACCAACAUCCAAUACAAGGUUGAUGACAUGACAGGCGCUCCCAUGGAUGUGAAGCAGUGGGUUGACACUGAGGACCCAAGUGUGGACAGCACUGUCCUGCCUCCAGGAACAUAUGUCAAAGUCUCUGGAAAUAUGCGUUCCUUUCAGAACCACAGGUCUAUUGUGGCAUUCAGUGUGAGACCCCUGGAGGAUAUGAAUGAAAUCACUUCACAUAUGUUGGAGGUGGUUCAAGCACACAUGGCACUCGACAAAUCUCAAGGCAUGUCAGGUGCUGGUGGAGGACUCAGCACUACUGGUUCAUCCGUGUCACGGCCAGCCAUGGAAGGGGUGAAAGGGAGCUACGCAGGGGCUAACAACGUGAUCAAUAAUGGUUUAAGCGCAAAUCAGAAUCAGGUGCUGAGCUUGAUAAGAAGUUGCCCAGACCCACAGGGUAUCAGCAUUCAGGAUCUCAAGCACAGACUCGGUGGCAUGAGUAUUGGUAUAAUCAAGCAAGCAGUGGAAUUCCUGAGCAACGAAGGUCACAUUUUUUCCACCAUUGACGAAGACCACUUUAAGUCAACAGACAGUGAUGAUUAAACAGUUUGACCUUUGUGUCCCCAGUUACUACUAUAUAUGUAUGAAGAAAGGUAUUGGUAUAGAAUAUAUAAUUCACUGUUAACAACAAAAUCUUUGACCUCUUCACUGCAAAAGUACUCAUAAAAUCUUUAAUACUUAAUGCUAAUGUGGCACCUGUUUGUAGAUGAGCAGAGUGAGCUGAGACUAUUGGUUUCCACAUCCUGUAUUCCUGAGGUUGCGUCUGCUUUUAUAUCAGUAAUGUCCUUUUGCAGCUAACAGUCAAUCUCACCUUUCUUUGUGCACACAUUUUCCUUUGUAAAACAGUUUCUAAUUUUAAAGAUUUGAAAUACAAGCACUCAGUUUAUUUUUGUCUUUGUAACUUCCGUAUGUAAAAAAAUAAAAAUAGUACAAAAUACAGUCGA